AUGACGACCUCUUCGUGUCCACGGCCUCUCGAGGCUCGACAAAUGGAUCCAUCCUAUGCUUUCGCUACACCUGCACCGCGAAAAAGACGUAGAAAAGCUGCUGGCAAUGGUGCGGCCGACGACUGCUUUACCUGCGCUAAUCGCAGUAUCCAAUGCGAUCGACGACGUCCAUACUGCACCCAGUGUCUGGGUUUGGGUGUGCAGUGCUCGGGUUACAAGACCACCUUGACAUGGGGAGUUGGCGUAGCUAGUCGAGGCAAACUGCGCGGGCUCUCCUGGCCUGUUUCUGGCUCCCAACAAGCUGCUUCUGCCACCGUCGCGGAUUCCACUCGACAAGCAGCCGAAGCGGAACGCCGUCCUACUCCGUCUUCGUUCCAAGUGCGUUCGGCCUCUAAGGAAGCCACCCGCCCUGCCUCGAAACGCCCUCGACUCAAUCGACGGCCCAGGAAGGCCACCACAGCGACCACUACCGAUCCGCUGCUGCACGUCGAUGUGACCAUUUUUCCAUCAUCUGUCUCCUCUAACAAUGGUAUUUCUCAAACCAGCACACCCGCUGGCUCGUCGAUGAAGUCUGCUCAACAGUCGCAGAGAGAGAUCAAACAUCCGCUUCCUGUAAAUUCCGCGGCUGCCGUGCUAUCAAGUCGUCAUAACCAUGGCCGUGCUGUUCUUCUCCGAAGGCCAAAGGCCGAGUCUGACCAUGUCGAACCUUUACCUGGGAGCCCAUGUCUCAAUAGGACCACCGCGCGUCCUCUCCACCUACGUGCUUCCCACCCAGCCAUAAGCAAUAACGAUGUCAACAACAUGUGUUCAAAUUCAACGUCGGUAGUACAGGGAUAUAGCUUGAGGAAUAGCUGGAAUCAUAAUUCUUUCGCAAAAUCUCAAUUUGAAGCUCUUCCCCUCUGCCCGCAGAGGGAUACAUAUUACGCGAAUAGCGAAGAACCGGAGGAAAGCGCAGACACAACCUCUCUUACCCAGACGCUCAAAGAAGGAUCUACGCCUCCUAAUUGCUCUCUGCUCAAUGCCGACCAUCGAGACGCUAAUACCCCAAACCAGACUUCAUUUGUCCCACAGCCCAUGCCCAUGCAACUCAUUGGCGGGACACCUCGCAUGCAGUAUCUCAUCAGCUACUAUGCUGAAGUCAUAUCCCCUGUUAUCGUCGCUUUUGAUAGCCCGGCAAACCCCUACCGCAUGUUUAUUCUCGAACUUGCCAAGAGUAGCGACACCUUACAGCAUGCUAUUGCGGCGCUUUCCUUGAGCAACCUCAGACAGCGGAAAAUGCACAGCGGUUUGUCUACGGGGAAAACGUUGCCAGUUCGCAUGUCCUUGACCGCCCAUUAUCGUCUGGCAGGACUGUCUUGCGAGGAGGGACUUGGAAGACUAGGUGUCGAAGAGCAGCAGAAGGAAGAGUUAUUCCACAAAGCAAUGGCAAUCAAAUCACUUAAUGCUCAGCUGGCACAUCCUACCCAAAGGUUUGCGGACAGCGUCCUUGCCACGGUGCUCGUCCUGUGUCUUUUCCACAUGUGUGAUACAGGGGUUUCUAAGUUCCAACCUCAACUUGCUGGCGUAAAGAAGCUGCUUGCCCUGCGAAGGAGCGCUAAUAGGAAUUCCUCUAACCUUGUAAAUUGGUAUACACGUAUGUUCGUUUGGUUUGAUGUGAUGACCGCGACCAUCAACAAUCGUGACUGCGAAUUUACCGGUGACUACCUGGAUAUUGUUUCCAGCGGCAAUGAUGACUGGGCGUUUGCGAACCUAGCGGGAUGCGAUGGCUCAAUGUUUAAAAUGAUCGGCCAGCUGGGCCGUCUGAACAUGCUGAGCCAGGAGAGAGCAAAGGACCCUUGCUCUUCCGUGAAUGAACAGCCUGUCGCAACAGCUCUUCUCCCACCGAACAUGCUCCACAAAACCUCCCUACCGCCCCCAUUCAAAGAAACCUACAAUAACACAAAUCCAAUCCAACUCCAUGCGGAACAUACCAUUCAACAACCACCACCAUCAACACCAGCGGACUUCGACUCCCGCGCAGAAUUCUGGCGAGAAUGGCAGGCGCUGCGCCAGAGACUCGAAUCCUGGCACCUCCAGCUGCCCGAUGGCUACCACACAAUAGAUUCCGCAACCAUCGCCUCCCCAUACCAGUACUCCGCAUCCUCACCACUAACUCCCGCACAUCUAUCCCCCACAAAACUUUCCGACCUCUCUAACAUUUCUGAAUCCUUCCGUUACUCCGCUCUUCUCUAUCUCGAACGCCUCGCAAACCCCAACCUCCCAUCCUUCCACCCGCGCAUCCAAAGGCUCGUCUCCGCCUCCCUCCAUUACAUCAGCGCCGUCAAGUCCGAUGUCUACCUCCUCUGGCCGCUCUUCGUGACCGGCGCGGAGUGUACCCUCGAAGACCAUCGCGCAUUAAUUCGCCAGCGCUGUUCUGAUAUUCAGAAUGAUUCGGGCUUUAUCAACAAUCUCGCCUCCCUGCGGGUGCUAGAGAAGAUCUGGGCUGCAGAUUCUGGUGAUUGGAAGUCUGAGAAGCAGCAACCGACUUCCUCGGUGGUGAUGGCUUCCACGGGCAUGAAGGAGAAUAGAUCCCCUGAGCGUCGGGAGAACGUGGAUACGGGAUUUGGGGAUGGCGCGGCAGUCGGUUUUAUGCCACUGGCAGUCCCAGAAGGUGGUGAAGCGUUUAAAUGGAGGAGAAUUAUGAAUUUAGAGGGAUUGGAUGGAGAGUAUAUUGUGGUUUAA